AUGGCGCGUCCGGGUCCGGGGUCCGGGGUCCGGGGGUCUGCGGCGAGCGCGGUCCCGACGCACGGCCCCGGGGAGCGGGCACGAGCACGCAGCGGGGACGAGCACGGAAUCCACGUGUCCUCUCAUGGACAUGUCCUCCGCGUGGACAUGUCCUCACACUCUGUCUCUGUCCCCGCUGCGCUCGGAUCUUUUCCGCGGAGAUGCACGCGCCGCUCCGGCUGCACGCGCGCGCACGAGCCGCGGCCGCAGGCCCUGAGACACGGAGACAGAGGACACGGACACGGGGACAGAGGACACGGACACGGGGACAGAGGACACGGACACGGGGACAGAGGACACGGACACGGGGACAGAGGACACGGACACGGGGACAGAGGACUGGGACUCCCGGGACAUGUCCUCCUCCGGCGGAGCUUCGGGACAAACGCGGCGCUGCGGAAGAACUUUCUUAAAGACCUGGAGGCGUCGCUGCGCUCGGUGAAGCGCACGGCUCUGGACGCUCUGCCGGGCAGCGGCUGGACGCCUCUGCAGACGAACCCGGCGCUGCCCCCGGAGCGGGCGGACGUGGUGAUCGUGGGCGGCGGCGUGGUGGGCUGGUCCGUCGCCUUCUGGCUCAAACAGAAGGAGCGCGCGAGGGGAGCGGUCAACGUGGUGGUGGUGGAGAGGGACCCGACGUACUCGCAGGCGUCCACGGUGCUGUCGGCUGGAGGCAUCAGGCAGCAGUUCUCGCUCCCGGAGAACAUCCUCCUGUCUCUGCACUCCGCCCACUUCAUGAGGAACAUCAACGAUCAUCUGGGUGUUCUGAACGAGGACCCGGUGGACCUGCAGUUCCAGCACUCGGGGUAUUUGUUUGUGGCCAGUGAAGACGUGGCUCACAUCAUGGAGGAAAACUACAAGACGCAGAGAUCUGCAGGAGCCAAAGUGUCUCUCCUGUCUCCCACUCAACUCAAGGACAAGUUUCCCUGGAUCAACACUGACGGAGUCGUUCUGGCCUCGUACGGCCUGGAGAACGAGGGCUGGUUUGAUCCCUGGUCUCUGCUCAGUUCGUUCAGGAGGAAGGCCGUGUCCAUGGGAGUGACGCCGUGUCGAGGAGAAGUCACAGGUUUCCAGUACAAAACAAACACCGUGUCGACUCGAGACGGGGACGAGGUGACUCUGCGCAGGAUCAAAUCUGUCAAAGUCCAGAUGCCCAACAGUCUGGAGUACCAGCCGGUGGAGUGUUCCAUUGUGGUGAACGCGGCGGGGGCCUUCUCCGGGAGACUGGCACAGAUGUUGGGCAUCGGCGUUGGGCCCGAGGACUCCGUGGAGGGGGUGCCCGUGCCCGUGGAGCCCCGGAAGAGGUUCGUGUACGUGGUGCACUGUCCGGACGGGCCCGGUCUGGACACGCCCUUCCUCAUCGAUUAUUCCGGAGUUUACUUCAGGAGGGAGGGACUCGGGGGGAACUACAUCACCGGAGCGUCGCCUCUGGAGGCCGAGGAGCCGGACCCCAGGGACCUGGAGGUCGACCAUCAGUUCUUCGUGGACAAAGUGUGGCCCAGUCUGGCUCAACGUGUCCCUGCGUUUGAACGACUCAAGGUGUCCAGCGCCUGGGCGGGUUUCUACGACUACAACACCUUCGACCAGAACGGCAUCGUGGGCCUGCACCCCCUCGUCAACAACAUGUACUUCGCCACGGGCUUCAGCGGCCACGGCCUGCAGCACUCGCCCGCCGUGGGCCGAGGCCUCGCCGAACUCAUCCUGGACGGAGCCUUCACGACCAUCGACCUGAGCGCCCUGGACUUCAGACGGAUCUACAGCCGAGAGCCCGUCCUGGAGCGGAACAUCGUGUGACCGCGGCGUCGGGAGCGGAACAUCGUGUGACCGCGGCGUCGGGAGAGGAACAUCGUGUGACCGCGGCGUCGGGAGGGAACAUCGUGUGACCGCGGCGUCGGGAGGGGAACAUCGUGUGACCGCGGCGUCGGGAGGGGAACAUCGUGUGACCGCGGAGGGGAACAUCGUGUGACCGCGGCGUCGGGAGGGG